AUGGAGAGCAAGCGCUGCUUCGCCAACCGCUUCGAUGACUACGCGGGCAGCCUGCCGGCCGGGCAGCGCCACGAGGCGGUGGUGCCCUGGGUCGCCUCCACCAUCGAGCGCAUCCUGCAGCAGGUGCCCCCGCUGGAGGGCGGCGCGGCGGCGGCGGGGGGCGGCCUGUACGGCGGGCUGGCCGGGGUGGCCUACAUGCUGUACCACGCCGCGCGCUGCCCGCUCCUGGCCCCGGCCCGGGACACCUACCUGCGGGCGGCCCGGCGCCUCAUCGACGCCUGCGUGCGCUACGAGGAGGAGUGGGGCGAGCCGGACGCCGACACGCGGGCCGCCUUCCUGCUCGGCGGGGCCGGGGUCUACGCGGUGGCCGCGCUCGUCUACCAAGCCCUGGGGCUGCCCGACUUCGGCCGGCUGCUGGGCCGGUUCCGGGAGCUGAGCCAGAUCUGCGCCCCCGUCACUUUCCUGGAGUGCGGCUCCGACGAGCUCUUCGUGGGCCGGGCCGGCUACCUGUGCGCCGCCCUGGUGCUCAAGCAGAAGCUGGGCAUGGAGAUGUUGACCCCAGUGCAGAUCAGAUCAAUUUGCCAGGCUAUAUUAGAAUCUGGGAAGCAGUAUGCUGUGAAGAAGAGGAAACCAUGCCCACUCAUGUACUCUUAUUAUGGAACAGAAUACCUUGGUGCAGCCCAUGGCCUUUCAUCCAUCCUUCAGAUGCUGCUGUCCUAUUACGAGUACCUUCAGCCUGCAGAUCAGGAGCUUGUGUGGCAGAGCAUUGACUUUCUUAUGGACCAAGAACAGAACAGCAACUGGCCUCCUGAACUGGGAGAGACAAUUGAGCGGGAGAAUGAGCUUUUGCACUGGUGUCAUGGAGCUCCAGGUAUUGCAUACCUGUUUGCUAAAGCUUAUCUGAUUUCCAAGAAGCCCCAGUAUCUAGACACUUGUAUCCGCUGUGGGGAACUGACAUGGCAGAAGGGCCUGCUGAAGAAGGGACCUGGAAUUUGCCAUGGAGUGGCUGGUAGUGCCUAUGUGUUCCUACUCCUAUAUAGGCUUACUGGGAACUCUAAAUACAUCUACAGAGCACAAAGGUUUGCAGAGUUCUUAUUUACAGAAGAAUUUAAGGCUGGUUCCCGGGCAUUAGAAAACAUAUAUAGUCUGUAUGAAGGCUUCUCGGGGACUGUGUGUUUCCUGAUUGACUUGCUGCAGCCCAACCAGGCCGAGUUCCCUCUCUUCAGUGUCUUUGUCUAG